CUCUCGAAAGCGUUCUGCGAUCUUGGCUUACAACUUCGAGGUAAUAUUUUCGCCAUCGAUCUGAACAGUUUACGACUAGGGUUUGACAAAAAAUUUCACUUUCGAGACGCUGAAUUCUCAAUGUCGCUUUCUUCCCUUUCUCGCUUCUUUUCACUGCCAAUUUACCCAAAAACAAAGUACUUUUCAACUCUGCGAUCCACCACAGCUUCUGCUGCCGAGAAAUUCUAUGCUCGCCUGCAGGAAAACCAUGGUAACGUGGAGAAAAUCCUAGCCUCAGUUAAUGCCAAAUUGGACUCCACUUGUAUCAGUGAGGUAUUGCAUAGGUGUUCCCAGAAUCAGUCUUUAUUAGGGAUUAGGUUUUUUAUAUGGGCAGGUAUUCAAUCAAAUUACAGGCAUAGUGCUUAUAUGUAUAGCAAAGCUUGUGAAUUGCUCAAGAUUAAGCAAAACCCAGGAGUUCUUUUCGAUGUUAUUGAGGCUUAUAAGGUGGAGAAGUGUUUGGUUAGUGUUAAGACAUUUAAGGUUGUUCUGAAUUUGUGUAAAGAAGCAAACUUUGCUAAUGAGGCGAUGUGGGUAUUGAGGAAAAUGCCUGAAUUCAACAUACGUGCUGAUACUACUGCGUAUAAUAUGGUUAUUAGGUUGUUUUGUGAGAAGGGUGAUAUGGACAUGGCUGAUAAGCUGAUGGGGGAAAUGGGUCUGGUUGAUCUUUUUCCAGAUAUGAUCACAUUUGUGUCUAUGAUAAAGGGGUUUUGCACUGUGGGUAGAUUGGAGGAUGCUUGUAGGUUGUUUAAGGUUAUGAGGGAGCAUGGGUGUUUGCCAAAUGCAGUGGCUUAUUCAACACUUCUUGAGGGGGUUUGUAGGUUUCGAAGUGUGGAAAGGGCAUUGGAAUUGUUAGGGGAGAUGGAGAAGGAAGGUGGGAACUGUAGUCCAAAUGUUAUUACAUAUACAUCUGUGAUACAGAGGUUUUGUGAGAGAGGAAAAACUAUGGAGGCAUUGGGGAUUUUGGAUAGAAUGGAAGCAUGUGGCUGUGUUCCAAAUCGCGUAACAGUUGGUACUUUGAUCAAGGGACUCUCUGCUGAGGGACUUUUUGAGGAGGCCUAUAAGUUGAUUGACCGGCUUGUUGCUGUUGGUUCUGUUUCAGCUGGUGAUUGCUAUAGUUCUCUUGUGUUAUCUUUGAUAGCAAAUAAAAGGCUCAUUGAAGCGGAGAAGCUCUUUCGGAAGAUGCUUGUGAGUGGGAUUAAACCUGAUAGUUUGGCAUGUAGUAUCAUGAUUAAGGAGGUCUGUCUGGAAGGUCGGGUGCUAGAUGGGUUCUACUUGUAUGAAGAAAUUGAGAAGAUGGGAUUCCUAUCUUCCAUUGACUCUGAUAUCUACUCAAUUCUUUUAGUUGGACUUUGUCAGAAAGGCCAUUCAGUUGAAGCUGAAAAACUUGCAAGGCUAAUGGUUGAAAAAGGAAUCCAGUUGAAAGCACCUUACACCAACAGAAUUGUUGAAAACUUGAAUAAAUUUGGAGACAAGGAGCUAGUUAUUCAGCUUGCUAACGGUGGAAGGUGACAAUGUGCAGAUACCCAUUUCAAUGCUGCAAAAGGCCUUCUCCACUUGUUAAGAAAGGGUUCUUUGAACCUUUAAGUUUGCUGAGUUUAGGAGGAGGAAAUUCUGGAGAUGAGCUACCAGCUUAUUCUUUUACAUUUACCGUUCAUGGAUAUUACCAUUUCCUUUGAUUAUGGGUAAAAAGAAGGAACUUGGAAGUGAAAGGUUGGACUUCUCAAUCAAAGGUCGGGAGUUUAUCCACAAUUAUCAACAUGCAAAUGAAAUGCUGCAAGGUUAGGCUGUUGCUUUCUUGGUUAUGGCAUGUUCUAAUUCUAAAUAGAUACUCUAUCCGUUACAAAAUAACUGCACUUAUUUGACUUUUAGUUUGUUCCUGUUUUUUCAGCUUUUAAGAUAGAUAAAUAUGUUUUUUUUUUCUCUACUUUAACCCUAUCAUUAUUUAUUUAUUUUGAUAAAUUAUCCUAUCUCAAAAAAUUUUAGGGUAAGAUAGAUAAAUACAUGAAUUGUCCCAAAUCCUCAAUUUAGAGAAAAAGUUAAAAAAAUGACAGUUAGUUUGGAAUGGAGUGAGUACUCUCCAACAGCUUAGUUUAUUUUUAUUAUUCUCAAACUUUCUUACCAGGUACCACCCUGUCUCCCUUGCAUUUUUCUAAGGUUCCUGCACACUGGCAAUUUCAGUAUCAUGAGCUCAUAUGCACUUCUAUUU